AUGGCCAGUAGUAUUCUUGCUAUUCCUACAUAUUAUCAUAAACCUACGCCUUCGAUUCGAAAAUCAAAACUGGAGACGACAAAAGUCCGAAGUGAAGAUGAAUUACUCAAAUUCUUCUUGCAUGGUUCAUACGAUGUGCAACGAGGAAAUGUUCAUAUAGCGCAAGUCGAGCCCAAUUCCGAUAAGACAAUAUGUAUCAAAGAAGAAAGCAAAACCAUUUCGACUACGACAGUGACAGACGAUGUUAAAAGUAAAUCUCGUUGUAUGUUUGAAGAAACCUAUAUGAUUAACAUAUCUGUUAAACAACCCGAUGCAGCACAAAUAGGAAAGCAAAUCGAUGUACGUAUUGAAAAAACUCCCUCGGAUCCGCAAAUAGCAAAUGAAAAGGUUGAUGCAGAUGAAGUUUCAAGUAUUUUCGAUGAAGAUGAACAUGAAGAAGUAGAAAGUGUACUUUUCAAUGAAAUCAACACACCAGCAAGAGAGACACCAUCAACAAAUCUAACUCUAGCCGAUAUGAUCAACAAAUCUUUAACAACUAUUCCCACUAGAUCGGCUGAAAAUGUUAAUAAAACGAAGAAUUGGUAUGUCGAGAAAAAGGAUGAAAGUAAAGUACGUAAAACUAGUGAGGAUAUUCCGGGCACAAAAGUCGUUGAGAAAGUUAUCAAAACACCACCACCAGGACUAAUACCAUCAGUUAUCCGACCCACAGGUUUAAUGACGAAUAUCAGUGAAGAUAAGAAACUCUUCGAAUAUCUCGAUUAUCUCGAUACCAAAGAAGAAUCCAAACAAGCAGUUAAACCAUCGAAUAUAUCAACGACAGCUAAAAGUCAAAAAUCAGAUUCACCUGUUCAAAAACAUCCAUCAAAGCCGACUCAACAGCAACAGCAACAGCAACAGCAGCAACAACAACAACAACAACAACAACAACAACAACAGGAACCCAUUCCGAUAAUUGAUCUCGAACAACUCUGUCGCUCUUUAAAUGUUAAUGAUUUGAAAGAUGAACUAAUUCGAAAGAAAAUCUAUGAACUGAAAAUUCUAAUUGAUGAGCGACACAAGAAACAAAAACUUCAUAUGCCAAUCGCUGCUCCGCGAAAAGACAAUCUACCUGUUCUUAUAGCAAUGCCUCCAGCUGUUCAACAACGGCGAAAAACAACCGUUGUUCAACCUGUAUCUUUAAUCAAAUCGGAGACGGUCGAUCUACAAGUUCCAUAUGAUUCAACUUAUCAUGAUAUCAUUGCGAACUAUAAUAAUAAACACGCAUCUUCUCCCCCAACUCACAAACAACAACACACUCGACAGCAAGUCUCUGUAGCUAAUUCGAAUCGGAAAUACCAACAUACCUGA